GCCGGCCGCUUGUCACGUGACACGAGAAUGUAUGUGCCAUGUGAUCUCUGCAGUCGACUGUGUCCGAGGUCCCUUCUUUGGUGGUUACUGAGGGGACCCGAGUGAUCCACGGCACGAAGAGGGCUGUCAACCUCUAAGCCUCCGCUCUGCACCACCCAGAUCGUCUUGGCCAUCAAGCUCCAGGAGCGAGAGAGAGGGGUGGGGAGAGGGCGGGGUGAGAGGUGUGUUGGGGGGGGAGAGAGAGCGCCCAAGCAGCCAAUGAACUGUGAGCGCGACGGGGACGGAGCCGCCCCGGACCGCCCCGCCCCUCGUCCUGCCCGGGCCGCGUUCCGUCUGCUAGCUGAGUAAAGUAGGAAUGGAGAAAAAGAAAAUCUUGGUGAGAUCCAAAGUGGCUGCUUCAAACCUUCUGAGUGCCUUGCAUUCUCUCUAUCAAUUUGGUCAUUUCUGUGAUGUAACUGUUCAUACAAUCCAUCUUGGAAUCCAGGAAGAGUUUUUGGUACACAAAGCAGUCUUGGCUGCUUCAAGCAACUACUUUAAAGGGCUUUUUCUAAGUGAUGAGAUGUCAGACAUUAAGAGGUGUACUGUUGUUUUAGAUGACAUUUACACAGAGGAAUUCACAUCUUUUCUGGAAUUCAUCUAUACGGCAAAAAUUGAAAUUGAACCAGAGAAAUUGCAUCGAAUGAGAGAGGUAGCAGAGAGACUUGAAUGCAAGGACCUGCUUGACAUUUGUGAGGAAAUGAAGACAGAAAGUAAAAUGGAUGGCUUGGAUUUAAGUCUCCAUUUGAAAACUCAGGUAUGUGAAAAUGGUGGGGCUUCAUGGGUCUGUGAUCAACAUAGUCAUCAGAUUAAACUGAAUAAUACUCUACCAGUUGUAGUGGCUCCUGUGAAGAGAAAACUCUGGGAUAUGCAGAUACACAGAACAUUGUUAACAGGCAGUACAGAUCAGACUUGCAUGGUUGUCACUGAUGUGAAAACUGAAAUAGCAAAAAUAGUUAAACAAAACAGAAUAGAGACCACUGAGAACUAUACCACAGAUGUAAUCAAUUUGGAGAGGAAAAAAAGCCUCCCUUCUUUGUGUGGGUUGGAGGCCAAAGAAACUUGUCUAGUCAUCAGGAGUGUAUUAUCUGAGCAAGAUGAAGAUGAGAAUUCUCAUAUUUCUCAAUCUCUGAGCUCAAGUGAAUGCAGUAACACACUGCAGGAUUUGCCUCAGGUGUCUACAGAAACAUACGAGUGUGAAAAAUGUGAACAAUCUUUCCUUUUCAUCAAAUCAUAUCAGUCCCACAUGGAGACUGCACAUGGGAUUAAUGUUGUCAUCAAAUAUAGCUGUAAUGUGUGUGACCAGCUUUUUUCCAAUCGCCAGAGCCUGCAGCAACACCGACUUACAGUUCAUAAUGAUGAGCGGAAAUUCCCUUGCAUGUUCUGUGACAAGAAGUUUAAACGUCAGAAGGAUAUAAAGUGCCAUGUUCGAAGAGUUCAUGAAAAGAAAAGGAAUUCUCAGGCUUGUCCCUACUGUGACAAGGUCAUCAGCUCCAAGUGUGGUCUGACUGUUCACAUUAGAACCCACACAGGAGAGAAACCCUAUAAAUGUGGCUAUUGCCCUGCAAGCUUUGCCCAGAGGUCUGCUUACAAUACUCAUGUAAGAAAAAUACAUGAAUCAAAACAAGAUAGAAAAACUAUGCCAGUAUACUGGAUGGUUGUUCCAUCUACUAGCAGAUCAGAGACAACAGAUUAUGAAAUCGAUUUUACUAAAGAAACUUGGGAAUGUUCCUCAGAUAAUAGUUUAUCCAUGGGAACCAGUAGCAAAGACACUUUCAGCUAUGAAGAUAAUGCUAGAAACUCUUCUAAUGUAGUUGAUUCUAAUAAUGAAGCAAAAGAAAAUGAAAAAGACAAAAAUAAUGACAAAGAAACUGUACUAAGUAGAGAAAGGGAUCCAGAUGAAAAAUCGAGUGUUAAAGGAGAAGAAGAUUAUGAUGCUGGCUUUUCUGAAGUAGAAAUGAAUAACAAAGAUAAUGAAGUCUGCACAGAUGAUGACUUUUCAAAUGAAAAAGAUGCAGAAGAUAAUGAAUCAGAUGAAGAUGUUAAGAUAAAGAAAGUAAAUAAUAUGACUGUAAUGAAGAAAUCAACUUAUGUUAUAACUUGUGAUAAGUGUGAUCAGCAGUUUGUAUCCAGGAAAAAAUAUGUGGAUCACUGCAAAGAUGUACAUCAAUCUCUUCCUGGGAAGGUCUAUCAGUGUGAUAUCUGUAGCAAGUCCUUUGCUAGUUACAACAGCUGUAAAGAACAUCGAGCUUGUGUGCAUACAGAAGAAAGGCAGUUUGCCUGCACUCUCUGUAAUGCUACUUUCAAACGAAAGAGAGAUGUAAGAACUCAUUACAUGCGGAAGCAUGAAGGAAGAGUAAAACGACCACUUUGUUCUGUGUGUGGAAAAAUUUUGAGUUCUAGGACAGCACUUGUAUUCCAUAUGAGAACCCAUACAGGAGAAAAACCUUAUGAAUGUGGUGUCUGCCACUCUAAAUUUGCUCAACCAUCCCAACUUAAAAUUCACACAAGGUCUCAUACUGGAGAAAAGCCAUAUAUUUGUGAGGACUGUGGAGCUAGCUUUGCAGAUAAAGGAAAACUAAAUGGCCAUAAGAGGACCCACACAGGAGAACGGCUAUUUAAAUGUGAUGUCUGUGGAAAACAUUUUGCUACCAACGAAUACUUAAAAUGCCACAAGCGAUGUCAUAUGGGAGCUAAGCCUUAUAAAUGUGAUAUAUGUGGGAAAACAUUUGGAUUGAGAGCCUCAUUAGCUCAACAUAGCAAUGUUCACGCAGAAACUCGACCAUAUUUCUGUGAACUAUGUGGGAAAACGUUUACUCAGCAAGGAGCUCUCAGACGCCAUCAACGUAUUCACACAGGAGAAAAACCAUAUAAAUGUCGGGCUUGCGAGAGAACUUUUACAGACAUGUCAACAUUAAGGAGACAUGUGUCGAUACAUGAUCGAAAUGCACAUUGGAGAAGUUUCCUGAUAGACCUUACUACUAAAAAAGACCACAACUGGUCAAAAAUUGAGACCUUAUCAGAUGUGUGCAUGGGUGAGGAACCAACACCUGAAAUUUGGUCAGUUGACCAAGGCAGACUAUAUAAACCAGAGAAUGCAGUUGUGAAAACUGCUAAUGUCAUAGCUACCAGUGUUUCUACUUGUACCAAUAACCAUUCCAGGGUAUAUAUGUAACUAUAAGACCUGUAUUGAUAAGCUAUUUACACAGCACAAUUACAUAAUUAAACAUGAUCAGAAAUUUUAAAAUCCUAGUUCAGCUGUAUAUAUUUGAGUUAAUGCUAUAGUAAGCCUUUUGGGUUUGGGCUUUUUUUUUUUUUUUAAAAGAAGUGAUAUAAGAGUCAACAGUAAAAAUAAGUUUGUUUCAAUGAGUUUUAGUUCUUAGAACUCUUAUUCACAUAUAAAUGUAUGACACUAAUAAUCCUGUUAUAUUAAAUUCCACAUAUCAUUUGUGUACAUUUUACACUCAUGUUUAUACUAAUAUUAAGCUAAUUCUAGGGGAGACAUAUGUAUCAUUACAUAAAGAUUAAUUUAUUUGUAUAUAUUUAUAGAAUGGUUUUUAGAAGCUUUCUGAGCAUCAAAAACAUGAAAUCAAGUUGUGCAAUGGUAGGAUUUAGAGGGUUUUUUAAAUGAAUGAAAAUGGGAUGUGAAAUUUUACCUUUUGCUUGAUUGAUGUUGAUGUAGUUGUUUUAUAUUUUGUCAAGGUCUCACUUGAAUCUUUAAAUUAAGCCAACAAUGGGGUUGAAUUAUGAUGUAUAUUAACAGAUAAUGCAAAUCAAUAUUAUAUAAUAUAGUUUUGUAAAAACUUACCAGCAUUGGAGGAAAUCACAAAGAACCAGAAAUGAAAACACAAUUUUAGUGUCCUGUUUGUAUUUUAUUGUUUGUUUAGCAUAAUCUGGAUUAUGUAUCAUUAAGAUUAAUCUAAUUCUACAGGGAAACCUAGCUCAGAGCCUUGCCAAAGUUCCCAGAACCUCAAAAUAUAUAUGUAAUCUACAAACAUGUUCUCAGUAUUUGUGUCUCAUAUUUGAAAAGAAGUCUUCAAAUGGUAUUUUCUUUUUAUGAAAUCAUUAUGUUCUAGAGCUUUUAAAAUGACCUUUAUUUUUUCUUUAUUGAACAGAAUAUUUUUUUUAUUUAAAGCUAUAAACCAGUAGCAUUCUUUUCAUAUAGUAAUAACACUAUGCCUUUAGGACAGCAUGACAGUAGCAAAUGCCUUCGUCUUUUAGCUAGGUGAUAAACAUUUCUUGGACUUACUGCUAACUGCACUACCUCUAAAACCAAAGGAUCUGACACAAAACAGUUACUGCUUAUGUCCAGAGGAAAAACUUUAAGCAAAAUGAGUUUCAUCCUUUUAUACAGGUAAGACUAAUUAACCACUUAAUUUCAAACAAUAAUUUUCCUAAACUGUGAUUAGAGUUAACCAUGGGAAUCAGUGUUCAAAAUAAAUAAAAUAUCUAGGUAAGAAGCAAAGUCGUUGACAAAGACAAGGGGCUAAUUUAGAGGUUUUUAGAUUUAAAAAAUAUUUGAAUUAUCACCACUCUAAAUGCAAUGGCACAUCCAUUAGCACUGAAAUAAAAAGGUGUGUUAUUAAAUGUGAUUACAAAGUACAAA